AUGCCGAUCAAUUUCAACCUCAACAACCCGCUGCCCUCGUCGAUGAGGAGCGAAUGCAGAAAGACGGGCAAGAUCCUAGCCUCGUUUGUCGACCCGCGACAGUCGUUUGGGCCCGACAAGAUCAUUCCGCCGCAGGUGCUGGCCAACGCAAAGGGCCUCGCCAUCCUCACCGUCUUCAAGGCCGGCUUCCUCGGCACCGCGCGCUUCGGGUCCGGCAUCGUCGUUGCCCGCCUCUCCGACGGCUCGUGGUCGGCGCCCUCGGCCAUUGGCACCAUUGGCGGCGGCUUCGGCGGCCAGAUCGGCUUCGAACUGACCGACUUCGUCUUCAUUCUCAACGACGCCUCGGCCGUCAAGACGUUUGCGCAGGCAGGAUCGCUCACGCUGGGCGGCAAUGUGUCGAUUGCUGCGGGCCCCGUCGGGCGCAACGCGGAAGCCGCCGGAGCUGCAAGUCUGAAGAGCGUGGCGGGCAUCUUCAGCUACAGCAAGACCAAGGGCCUGUUUGCCGGCGUCAGUCUGGAGGGCAGCGGCAUCAUCGAGCGCCGAGACGCAAACGAGAAGCUGUACGGCCGCCGCUGGACCGCGCGCGAGCUCCUCAGCGGCCAGGUCCCCCCGCCACCAGCCGCCGAACCCCUCAUCCGCAUCCUCAACUCGCGCGUCUUCUCCGGCGUUGCCGGCGCCAACGUCCAGAACGACCAAAUGUACAACGACAUCCCCGUAUACGACGAAUCGCAUGACAACGUCGUAUGGCAGGGCCGUCAAGGCCCCGCACUCGGCGAGGGCGUACGACGCGACCGCACAGGAGGCUCCACGAGCCACGCAGACGACGACUACCAGUUCCGCGACCGUCCCCAGCGCUCCUCGACCUGGGCAGACGACGUGUACGACCGCCAGCCCAACACCGGAGGGGGCCUCGACCGCUCCUUCUCCACCCGCGCAAACCCGAACGAAACGUUUGAAUCCUUGGACCAUCGCACCGCCGCACGGGAUCGUGCGUCGACGUUUGGGGACGAUUACUCAUACAGCGACCGCGCAAAGCCGGGACGACCCACAGCCCCGAAGCCAGUCUUCGGCCAGAAGAAAGCAAGCUUGGCAGCGGACCAGGCAAUUGCAAAAUUCACCUUUGAGCCUGACCAGCCUGGUGAUCUGGGUUUCAAGAAGGGAGACAUUAUCACAGUUUUGAAGAAGACAGACAACGAGACGGAUUGGUGGACAGGUAGGGUAGGCGACAGGGAGGGCAUCUUUCCAAGGUACGCUUCGACCCCUCGAUUCCCAACAACGCAAUGGCUAAUGGUGCAUAGUAACUACGUCGAGAUGAUCUGA